UGUAGCAAACAAACAAACAUCAACUCAAUUUGUACGUGUACAACAUCAUAAUCGCCUUAAAUGUGGAGACGUAUGAGUUUGUGAUAUGUGUGUGUGUGAAAGUUUUUCUCACGCAAAACUUGUUGUGCACACAAGUAUUGUGAUUAUUUGGUCUGAAAGUUUUCGAAGAGGCAAACCAUGUCUUAUCUAUUCGAUUCGAUUCCAUUGAAAUCGGUAUUAGUGUUUCUUUUGUUUGCAGUCAUUGCAACCACCGUGAAACACACAACAGACAGCCGAAAUAUAUUUGGUGCAGGUUGAAAUUGAAAUACCAUAAAAUGUGCUCUAAUUUUAUAUCGAAUGUGCGAUGUACUACAAAAGGCCGACCUAUUCAAUAGAAACUCAAUCAACCAUACUAACUAUACGAUUCGCUACAAAUAUGUUGACAAUUUAUUCGGUGGAGCCAUUUUCUUUGCCCAAAUAAAUAUAACUGGAGCACAUAAUAGUACGUCGGAAGUAGAUUAUUUAAAGGAGAUUUAUACCGAUCGUAAACAUUUCGUCGAUGCAACCAUUGAUGUUAUAAAUGCAACCAAUUUUACGUCAUCCGUAGAGGUUCGAGGUUUUGUUGGCAUAAAUAUUGAUGGUAUCUCUUUGCAACUUCUACCAGAACAAGUAAAGCCACAUUCGUACGCAUUGAUUUGCACACAAAAUGUGGCCAAAGAGAAGUUACAACAAAAGCCUUUGAUCGAACUUGGCAACCGAAUGCCGAAGGAUAUUCUUAUACAGUAUCGACAAGAGUACAGCAAUAAUCGAACAUUUAGCUUAUAUUUUCACGAUCAAUACGUUAAUAUAACCUACAUAUUGGUGAAAGUAAACUCACCAUGGGUCAUUGUCUUCACCAACAAAAUCAUUGCAACCAAAAACUAUUUUCAAGCCACCGUUUAUGAGUUGAAACGAAACAAUUUCCAAGUUGAAAUGUUUAUUUUUGGUACGAAAAAGGAACAAACAUAAAUAUCAAAGAAAUUGCUUUGCUUUAAAACACACUUCAGACCGUAAUUAUGAAGAGAGUCGGAGAUUUUGAAAUAUAAAUUUAUAAGGAAACACGCAAAUGAAAACUGUUGUUUGUUGGAAAGAAACUGAAAUAACGAGAGGGUCACAUCAUCGUUUAUUAAGAAUAUUACUUUCAAUUUAUAUAUAACAUAAUGAUUUAUGGUUAAUAUUCCACAGUUAUGUUUAUGUUAUUUGCAAUUUUAUUCUAUAUCAUCUGAGCAAUAUAGUGAUAAGAAAAAGAACCGAAAUAAGUAUAUGACAUCAAUAUAACAGUUUAGAAAUUGACAAGUGUGAUUUUAUCGAAUAAAGUUAUCUUCAGAUUCUCCCCUAGAUUAAGUGUUCAAAAUUCAAUUCAUUUAAAGUGUUAAAAUUUUAACCAGUUUUUUACAACUUGAUACUCACAUUAGGUUAAAUUUAUGUUGUUACGUAUUCAUCUUGAUUUCAUACGACAAAUAUUUGUGUGUAUUUUUUUCAAUCAACAAGAGCGAUAGUUUCUCAUAAUAAAGCGUAAAAGUCUUAUUCAGUCACAUACGUUUUUGUUGGAUCUUAA